GCGGCCGCCGGUAGCGCCGGGGCUUCGGUCCGCUGUGUGCCGCCCUGGGGAGGGCGCAGGGAAGACGUUGCCGCCAUCCCCGGCCCCGCUUGCGCCGCCGUUGCCCUCUUCUGUCCGCCGGGGAGACCGCGGGGCCUGCUCCCCGCCCGGCCCCCGCCGCGCAGGCCGCGGGGCCUGCUCCCCUCCCGGCAGCAGCCGGGUUUUCAGCCCCGGUUUGUCCGGCUGCGGCCCCGGGGGUGAGGUGUACGGCGGUCAGGGAGCGGUCUGAGCAUGGCCGGGAGGGGAGGCGAGUCCACUCAAGAGGCUUUUAGGAUAGAAUAUGAUACUUUUGGUGAACUGAAGGUCCCAAGUGACAAAUACUAUGGUGCCCAGACUGUAAGAUCUACAAUGAACUUCAAGAUUGGAGGUGUUUCAGAAAGAAUGCCAGUUCAAGUUAUAAGGGCUUUUGGCAUAUUGAAGAGAGCAGCUGCUGAAGUAAAUCAAGAUUAUGGUCUCGACCCAAAGAUUGCUAAUGCUAUCGUAAAAGCAGCAAAUGAGGUAGCUGAAGGAAAAUUAAAUGAUCACUUUCCAUUGGUGGUGUGGCAAACUGGGUCUGGAACUCAAACCAAUAUGAACGUCAAUGAAGUCAUCAGCAAUAGAGCCAUUGAGAUAAUGGGGGGCAAACUGGGGAGCAAAAAACCAGUACAUCCAAAUGAUCAUGUUAACAAAAGCCAGAGUUCAAAUGACACUUUCCCAACGGCGAUGCAUAUUGCUGCUGCCCAGGAGGUUAACGAGGUGUUGUUACCUGGACUAAAGAAGCUACAGAAUGCACUUGAAGCGAAAUCCAAAGAGUUUUCCCAAAUCAUAAAAAUAGGGCGCACUCAUACACAAGAUGCUGUUCCACUUACGCUUGGACAGGAAUUUAGUGGCUAUGUGCAACAAAUUAAAUAUGGCGUGGCUAGGAUUGAGUCCACCAUGCCAAGAGUGUAUCAGCUGGCAGCUGGCGGGACUGCAGUUGGUACAGGAUUAAACACAAGAAUUGGCUUUGCUGAGAAAGUUGCUGCUAAAGUGGCCGAAUUGACGGGUUUGCCUUUUGUCACUGCUCCAAAUAAGUUUGAAGCUCUUGCGGCUCAUGAUGCUCUAGUUGAACUCAGUGGAGCUAUGAACACGGUGGCGUGUAGUCUGAUGAAAAUAGCUAAUGAUAUUCGUUUCCUGGGUUCUGGACCACGCUCUGGACUAGGAGAACUCAUCCUGCCUGAAAAUGAACCAGGAAGCAGCAUCAUGCCAGGAAAAGUGAACCCCACCCAGUGUGAAGCUGUAACCAUGGUGGCAGCCCAAGUUAUGGGAAACCACGUUGCUGUUACUGUAGGAGGUAGCAAUGGACACUUUGAACUGAACGUAUUUAAGCCCAUGAUGAUUAAAAACGUUUUAAACUCUGCAAGACUCCUUGGGGAUGUUUGUGUUUCUUUCACUGACAACUGCGUGGUCGGAAUCCAAGCCAACACCGACAGGAUCAACAAGCUGAUGAGCGAAUCCCUGAUGUUGGUAACAGCACUUAACCCCCAUAUAGGCUACGACAAAGCAGCCAAGAUUGCCAAAACGGCGCACAAGGAGGGGACGACGCUCAAAGAAGCCGCCAUCAAGCUGGGGUUCCUGACGUCAGACCAGUUUGAUCAGUGGGUGAAGCCUAAGGACAUGUUAGGUCCUCAGUAACUCCUCUGAAAAAAAAAAAAAAGUGUUCUUAACAUAAUAAA